AUGGCACUAGAAUUAACAACAGGAUUAAUGGUUGCAUAUGCUGCCAUUUGGACAAUGGCAAUAGUUCCAAUCUACAUCGGUUCCUAUAUGUCUCUUAAGGAUACUACUUCAGAAUCAAUGACAAAGAGUGAUGCAUGGGCAUUCCCAUUGUUUGGAAGUGUAUUUUUAUUUGGAUUGUAUUUGUUGUUCAAGUUUUUCGAUAAACAACUUAUCAAUAUGCUAUUGUCAUACUAUUUCUUGUUCUUUGGAGUUGUUGCACUCACUAGAAUCCUCAGUGACGUGUUCAAACGUUUGUUCCUCUCAAAGAGUGCCGCCAAGAAGAAGCGUCCACUCAUUGAGUUUACAAUCCCAGCCAUUCGUUUCAUCACUGACCAACAAAAGGUUUCAAUCGAUUCAUUCGAUAUCAUCGCCUUUGUCAUCUCGGCUGGUAUCUCAUAUUGGUAUAUCACCACCAAACAUUGGAUCGCCAACAACAUCUUUGGUAUUACAUUCUCGAUCCAAGGUAUUUCCUUGAUCGGUUUGCACGACUACUCGGUCGGUGUCAUCUUGUUGUGCGGUCUCUUUUUGUACGACAUCUUUUGGGUAUUUGGAACAGAUGUUAUGGUUACUGUAGCAAAGAGCUUUGAAGCUCCAAUCAAAUUGUUGUUCCCAAAGGAUCUUUUCGCAGAGGUAUACCACUUCUCCAUGUUGGGUCUUGGUGAUAUCGUUUUGCCAGGUAUCUUUAUCGCCUUGCUCCUCAAGUUUGACAAGGAAAACUCUGGUGGAAAACAAAUGAAAACCACCUAUUUCGUAUCAUGUCUCAUCGCCUACGCCAUGGGUCUUGCCACCACCAUUUUUGUAAUGCAUACAUUCCAAGCCGCUCAACCAGCACUUUUAUAUCUUGUACCAUUUUGUAUUGGAUCAUCCCUCAUUACAGCUGCUGCCAAGGGUCAAGUUUCUAAAUUAAUUAACUUUUCCUCCAAAACCACCUCAAGUUCACAAAGCGCAAAAACAAAUAUAAUUGCUCAAAAUCAACAAUGCGCUCAAGUUUUAAGUUAUUUUUUUAAUAUUCCAAAAGUUGGAAUUCAAAUGACCAUUGUAGAUAGUUAUGGAAAUGUUCAGUAUUCUCGUGGAAAUUCAAUGUCUGAAAAAGGUUUUUCAUUAGAUUUGGCAAAUGUUGAUUCUUUUAAAUCAAUUAAUUCUGUAAAUGAAAUAUGUAAUGCAGGAAAAUAUCAACCAUUUGAUGUUUCAAAAGCAGCACCAAUGUUUUUUGAUUCAAGAAGUUUUACUAUCAGUAGACAAGGUUAUGUUAAAUUAAUUUCCCAAGGUCAAACCUGUACUUUUAAUUUAACACAAUGUCAGGGUAAUGUUGUCUUGGGAUAUUACAAUAGAAAACUAUAUACUUUCCAAUUAUCAGCUACUCCAUAUGAGGAAAUUGGAAGUUAUUGUGGUGCACCAACCUCUCAACCAGUUACCACAGGUACAAGUGGAGGUGGUGUAUCUGUUACCGUUGAGACAGUAAACUCAUGGACUGAAAAUGGAAAAUAUUGGUCAAUGUUUAAUGGUAUCAUCAAAAAUUCUGGAAGUGUUGCUGUUUCUACUGUAGUGGUAACUUCUAAAGCUGUUUUGAAAGAUUCAACCACAAUGUGGAGAAUGGAUACCGUUCAACCGGGUACCUAUUCAAUGCCAUCAUACUUACCACCACUAUUACCUGGACAAUCAUACACAUUCUCUUUUAUUGCAGAACCAACAAGUACAUCACUUCAAUUCACAGUUUUAAAAACCAAUUAA